UCGCGAAUCGGACAUCGCUAGAUGAGAUGAGGAGAAGAAUAUACUAGAGGUAAAUCAGAAAAAAAGGAGGAGAACAGGAGAGGGUGGUGACAUCUGAGAUAAGAUCCUCUACUGAAUGUGAGAAGCACCUCUUCCUGCAGAGAUACAGAACAUAUUUCUUGAGUGCUUCCAUGGUUAUAUACUCAGCUGGUGCUGAUUGGCCAAAACCUUGAUGAUGCGCUGAUUCUACACCAUGGCCCAGGAGGCUCUGUGGAAAUACCCACAAUCCUCAGCUCCCUGGUGAGUAUGAUUGCCUGCUCAUUGAAUAUUUACAUUGGCACCUUCUCUGGCUCAACAAGAAAACCUGUACAAGCCAUGAUGUCAGUCUGCGUGCCCUCACCACGUAACCCCUCCCCCUCUGUGGACGUAGCGAAUCGCAACGGGCCCUCUGCAACUCCUCCCACUUCCCUCAGCCUGCGUUCCUCACACAAUCAACUGCUAAGUGGUGAUGUCAUCAAACAGGGCCAGGCCACGCCUCCGAAGUGCCGGAAGAAGUACGCACUCACAAGCAUUCAGAGUGCGAUGGGACUCGGCGAAGGCGUGACGCCACCGUCGUCAUCUUCAGCAACUACUGCCAACCCUAAACUGGCCAAAAAUGGUGCAAAUCAGUUACGUAAAGCUGCGGAGCGAGAGGAUCACAACAAGAACACCACAGAAGAAGACGAAGAUGGAAACACAACUGGCGAAUCAGAGCUCAACAUCAAUGAUGAGUUGAGGAACGUUGAGGAAUUAAGCCUCGACAGUGAGUCUAUUGUUGACGAUGUUCACAGUGACUUUGACACCAACAACGAGCUUGUUGACGAGGAUGUAAAUGAGUUGGUUGAUGAUGAAUCUAAUGAGGAGGAUCAUGUGGAGUAUUGUGACGACCUGCUCAUUCUGUCUGAGAAAACUGAGAUUGUUUCAGACAGGAAGUCCCCCGAGCUCCUUAAGACCAAGAGUUUCCUGGAGUCAUGUCUGCAUGACCUGUCAUACGAACUGCCUGAUGUGCAGGAUGAGGAUGCCACUAAGCCUUUGCUGGAGAAAGAGAAGAAUCCCUGCCCCUCGUCUCCACAGAAACCGCACAGUCCUGAGGACACGCCCCUCCUGUCUGUCGGCUCUUCAUCUUCCUCUUCGUCACCGGAGACAAAAAAAGACAGACCACGGACAGGAGCCAAGACAGACCGGGCACUAAACCGCAUCCAGAACCUUCCACACAGUGACGAGGAGUCCAGCUGGACCACGUUGUCACAGGACAGCGCAUCACUGGGCUCACCAGAAGAGAGCGAUAUCUGGGGGGAGCAGUCAUUUCAGACAGACCCUGAUUUGCCUCCAGGAUGGAAGAUGAUGACAGACAUGGCUGGUAUUUAUUACUGGCACAUUCCAACGGGCACCACACAGUGGGAGAGACCUGCCCCAUCCCAUCCGGUGCCAACUGGACCCAGCCAUGCCAGCCGCAAACACUCCCUGGGCUCCCUUUCGCCUUCACCCACUCCAGAUCACGAGUCGAUGUCUCAUGCCGACGUGUUUUUCGGGGCGUCAAGUCGUUCAGGCAGCACCACUUCCGACAGCUCGUCUGACCCCGCCCCCGUCCCGUCUUCUUCAUGUCUGGAACCUACCCCUAUCCUGUCCUCAAACUCUUCCUCAUCCUCUGACGGCAAUGUUCCUUCCUGUGGAUUUGUCAACAGCUGCUACUUUCCUCGGUCCUCAUCCCUACAGAUAAUGCCAGGAAAGGACAGACACUCUGAGACACGCCAUCGGGAAGAAGACAAGAAACAGCCAUGGAGUGAUUUUGCAGUGGGAAAGAUUGACAGUGAGGUCUGGAAGGAUCUACAGGCGGCCACAAUAAACCCUGACCCCAGUCUGAAAGAGUUUGAAGGCGCAACUCUCCGCUAUGCCUCCCUCAAGCUACGAAACCCUGCUCCUGUGGAAGAUGAAGAUUCCAGCAGCAUUAACAGUGACCCUGAAGCCAAGUGUUUUGCUGUGCGCUCUCUCGGCUGGGUAGAGAUGGCAGAAGAGGACUUGGCUCCAGGUAAAAGCAGUGUCGCUGUUAACAACUGCAUCCGUCAACUGUCCUACUGCAAGAAUGACAUACGAGACACUGUGGGCAUCUGGGGAGAGGGGAAGGAUAUGUACCUCAUUCUGGAGAAUAACAUGCUGAAUCUGGUUGACCCGAUGGAUCGUAGCGUUCUACACUCUCAGCCAAUCGCAAGCAUCCGUGUGUGGGGCGUCGGCCGCGAUAAUGGAAGGGAUUUUGCAUAUGUAGCGCGAGAUAAGGACACCAGGAUAUUAAAAUGUCAUGUGUUCCGCUGUGACACCCCUGCCAAAGCCAUCGCCACCAGUCUGCACGAAAUCUGCUCCAGGAUCAUGGCAGAGCGCAAAAAUGCCAAAGCUAUGGCUGGAGGAUCCCUACAGGACAGAACACAUGCUGGGCUCGACGUCCCACUACAAGCAGAGUUCCCCACACCAAAGACUGAACUGGUGCAGAAAUUCCAGGUGUUAUACGUUGGCAUGAUGCCGGUUGCCAGACCUAUAGGUCAGGCUGGCUCUGACCUCCAUUCUCGUCUUAAGACUCCAGGCAUGGACAUUCUCAACGGUGCAAUAGACAGUUUGAUAACAUCGUCAAUCCGAGACGACUGGAUCCCAGUGAUGUUGAAUGUAGCCGACGCAACAGUCACAGUCAUCAAAGAGAAGGAGGAAGAGGAGGUCCUAGUGGAGUGUCGUGUGCGUUUCCUGUCCUUCAUGGGAGUAGGGAAAGAUGUGCAUUCAUUCGCGUUCGUCAUGGACUCUGGGAACCAGCACUUUGAGUGUCAUGUUUUUUGGUGUGAUCCCAAUGCUGGCAGUGUGUCAGAGGCUGUUCAGGCAGCGUGCAUGUUGAGGUAUCAGAAGUGUCUGGUGGCACGCCCUCCAUCUCAGAAAGCCUGCUCACAGGCGCCCCCUGCUGACUCAGUCACACGCCGCGUCUCCACCAGCGUCAAACGUGGAGUUCUGUCCCUCAUCGACACGCUCAAACAGAAGAGACCCGUCACUGAGCUCCCCCAGUGAUCUGACACACAAGCACGCAUACUCACCGCCACGCUCUGCAUGCUUAUAACUAUCAGAAUGUCCUGUACAUAACCUGUCCAGUCACAUGACGGAGAUGAAGAGGAACUCGAGGAUGAAAACUGUCUGAAAGAAAAACUACACGUAAUUAUAAAAAUGAUCUGAUGCCAAGAAAAUACUCUCGCAAACACACACACCUGAUCAUCAAGCCUCUCUCUUCCGUCACACAUAUGUAUGUCAGUCAGUCAUGAGUAUAUCUGCAUGGGAAGACACGCUUCUCCAGCAUGACAAUAACCAACAGGCUCCGCCCAUCGAUAAACACCACUCCACCUGGACAAAGCCUCCUGAAAGAGAUAACUUAAACUGAAGAAAGUUUGUGUAAUUCAGAAAGAACAAAUAUGACACACAGUUCUUCAAAUCGUCACAGUAUAUGUGUGCGGGUGUGUAGAAGAGCUUGAUGCUGCUUCAUUCGCUAAAGCAUGUUCGCAAGUGUCAUAAAAACAAGCAGGUUUUCUUUGUUAUACUGACGAACACAAAAGAAGAAGAAUGGAUGGAUGAGAGGAAGCAAUGUCAUAAAACUCAGAAGAUUGUGAAGGGUUGAAU